AUGAAUGCUGGCACGGGCAGGGCGGGCGUCAUAAGCGCUCCAGAUGAUACUGCCCCGAUGGAUAAGUUGGCACAUGCUGUACUAGAUGAUGUGCUUUACAAUGUUCUGAGCGAUCUAUUGAUGAAGACGCACCGCGAAGAGAAGACAGCCAGAGCUACCACCGCUGCCAUUCGCAUUGAGAAGCUGGCAUCCGACGCGUCCGACAGCUCAACGCCAGACUCAAAACCGGACGUACGGAUUGAGACCGACGCCGCUAUAUACGAGGAUGGAAAAGUAUUGCUGAAGGGCAAUCCUCUCAAGACUACCGCUGAGAUUCUAUGCCCCCGAUGCCAUCUGCCCCGACUCCUAUACCCGACGGACGGAAAAGGCGCCCAAAAACCCGACCCCGGCGUCAUCUACUGCAAGAAACACCCUUAUAUUGAUAAGCCCGGGUGCGAUAUCUAUGGCCAGAGUUGGGUUGCGCCAGGUCCUGGUCGAGGCAAAAAGAAGAAGGAUAUGGAAAAGAACAAUACGGAUUCUCCCACUCCCGAACAACGACCACCCAAUGUUCUUUCUUUCCCCUCCGCUACUUGCAGCAAAUGCAAGCGUUGCAUUCUUGUCACUCGACUGAAUAACCAUAUGGGCUCAUGCAUCGGGAAUAGUGGUCGCAAUGCCAGUCGAGCUGCAGCGCAGAAGUUGAGUAAUGGCGGAUCUCAGAAUGACACUACGCCGCCUUCAUCACAAAAGGCGACACCUGCGCCAGGCUCCCGCGCCACCAGCCCGAAGAAGCGUGAUGCCAGCGACGAAGAGGAAGAUUCGGAGAACAGUCACAAGAAAAAGAAGCUCAAGCCUACUUCUGUCACCAAGAAGGUGAUUAUCAAGACGAAGCCGAGCCUCAAAAAGGACAAACCUAAGGGUCUGUCGUCCUUAAGCCAGGAGCAAAAGGCCGACUACAGCAACGGUGAUUCAGUCGAGGUGGCACCCAAGAAGGUUGUGUCUAAGGGUAUCAGUCCUGUUAAGAAGCUUAAGAUGAACAAACCUCCGCUGGGGUCACCCAAGCCCAAGCCUAGCCUCAUCCGCGAGGCAACUGGAGAGUCAGAAUCCUCAGAUACCCUCUCAUCCCCUCCUCAGUAG